CGGAGGCGCACCGGCUCCACACAGCAGAAACAGCGCACUAUGGCCUCUCUCUGAGCCUCCUCRUACGAGACUUGUGCACACACACAACCGGCAAUCCGUCACCAUCGACGCCUUGAYCAUGGACCUGUGGUCCAGAGGCUUUUUCGGGGGUCAUCGGAGAGGUCAAUAGUACUCCUGAAGAUUAUAUUAUUAGCUUGUGAACGCUGUCACUUUCGGACAUCCCUGGAUUUAAAACGAAGUGACAGUAGCACUCACCCCAUCUGCCGGUUAGCUAGCCAAGAAGGGCAUCACUCGUCUGUUGAAGUGAAGGACAAGAAAACUACGAAACUCAGUAAGAAAGGACUGAUCAGAGGCUGAUACCUCUAUCUGACAACACUGUCACUGUUGGUAUCUGAAAGGCUGGCAACACACCGCCACCCUAAUGCAGACCCGUAAAAGAACGUGAAAUGAACAAACCGCCACCACCUAUAACGGGACCUACUACUGUCCCAAACCCAUCUCCCUCCCCUGGACUGACACAGGCUGCAUACGGGCCUGGGCAGCCUCCUUCUCUUGUGUUUGCCACCCCCCCACCUCCACAAAUGAACUCUGCCCAACAGCCACGACAGUUUGCUACAGGGCCCCGUACAUUGCAUCAACAGGGUGGAUACAGAGCGUUGCAGAGUUACUACCAAAACCGACCCGCAAUGACCACCAGUGCUCCAAGGGUACCUACAAGUAGUGGGCCUCGACCUGUUGGACCUACGCAUAUCUACCAAUCCGGUUCCCAGAUGAUGAUGAUCCCCCAGCAGCAGCUGCCUUUUGCUGGCUCGCCUCAGGGAUAUUUCAUCCCACCUGGACAGUACCGGACUCCAUACAUGACUCCUACCCAGCAGUAUUCUGUGUCUAGUGGUACAAGUUUCUACUCUGGAACUAGUCCUGCUGAGUACCCUGGUUAUGCAGGAGCAUAUUACCCAGCUCAACCACAGUACACCCAAUCAGUCCAGGCUGCACCGGUCAUGAUCAACCCGGCCCAGCACCAGCAACAAGCCCCGCCUCCUCAGCAACUGCCAGCACAGCCACAAGGCCAGCUAAAGAGGGAACGCAAACAGAUAAUAAUACGAGACCCCAACCAAGGUGGGCGUGAUAUCACAAAGGAGAUCAUGUCAGGUGGAAGAUCCUCCACUACACCAACUCCACCACAGGCCUCCAUAACAGAUCUGAGUGUCGCCCAAACCAAUGGUGAAGUUGUACAGCCGGUUGUUGCCGUGGCAAGAGAUGAACAUAAGGAGCCUCCCUCCAGUGCUGAAACUCCUCCACCUCCAGCUACAGUAGACACGGAGCCUGUAGUGGAGGUCAAACAGGAAGUAGAAAGCCAAGUGACGCCGCCUGUUGAGUUAGCGGCACAGAUUGUGGCUACCACAGCUUCUCCUGAGGCACUGCCCCCACUAUUAAAGGACCAGCAGCCUCCAUCUCCCCCUCCUCCAGAAGCAGCAGGUGUCAUCAGUGAUGCAGAGGUCAUCAGUGCUAAUGUUAGUGACACAGUCGAUGCGCCUGUCGGACCCUCAGUGUCGUUAGCGGCAGCACCAGAGACUCCUGUGAAAGCGGAGGAGCCACAGGCUGCUCCUCCAGCUGAAGUAGCUCCCAAAAAGGAGGAAGUGAAGAUGGAAGAUGUUAAAUUGAAAAAAGAGGAGCAGACACCCACGUUAGAGCCUGCAGCUGAGGCUGCAGCAACAGCUGCCCCGGUAAAGCUGGCAGAAGAGGAAACGGCUGCAAAAGCAACGAGCGAAGUCUCCCAGCCCGCCCCGUCUGUAACGGAACCCGCUGCGCCGCAGAGCCAGGACGUCGAGCCGAGCUCCGACCCCGAACCAGAACCCGCAUCGGCCGAGACGGCAGAGUCUCCCCUUUCGAACGGCCUUCCUCAGGAGACCGAAGAGCCGUCUGAGGACCUACCAGUUUCUGACACUACACCCCACGACAAACCCGACCCUUCUCAAUCUCAGGAGUCCACACCUGUGGCAGCACCAACGUCACCAGCACAGGAGGAAGAGGGGGAGACACGGGAGGAAGAGUCGCAGAUCAAGAAAAAAGAUCCUCUUCAUGCCUCUGUCAGCUGCCCAGAGGAAUCUCCUAUUAUGCAAGCUCUGUCCGUGCCAAAGAAAAAGAAAACCAUGAAAGAGCUCAACAAGAAGGGAGACAUCGGGGACAUUCUGGAUGCMUUUAAGGAUCAGGAGCAGCCGGUUCCUGAACCCACACCCAUUCAGACCAGCCCUCCAGCUCCAGCCGAACCUCCUGCUGAACCUGCAGCCGAGCCCGUCGAUGAGACUUGGGAGGAAAAAGAGGACAAGCAGAACGCAGAACCAGACAAACCCACGAACCCACUCGAGCCAACUGAGCAGAAAUACCAAUACAAAGAAGAACAAUGGAAGCCGAUAGACCCAGAGGAGAAGAAGCGGUACGACAGAGAGUUUCUCCUGCGCUUCCAGUUCAGCAGUGCCAGCAUGCACAAACCUGAGGGACUGCCCAUCAUCAGCGACGUGGUCUUGGACAAGGUAAACAAGACUCCACUCCGACCUGCUGACCCAUCUCGACAGAUGAAUGUCGGUCCUGAUUUUACUCCCUCAUAUUUGGGAAAUCUUGGGAGCAGAUCAGUCGGAGGACCACGAGGCCCGCCCCCCGGGCCACGGCGCUCCCAGCAAGGCCAGAAAAAAGUGCCAAUAAGAAUCAUCAACAGCAUGUCGCUCAAUGAUGACGUGCAGCUUAACAAGGCUGAGAAAGCCUGGAAGCCCUCGACGAAGAAGUCCUCGCGUAGCCGCGCAGGAGAGGAAGUUGACGAAGAUGACCCCGAACAGGCCAAAACCCAAGAGCUGUUCAAGCGGCUGCGCAGCAUCCUGAACAAGCUGACCCCGCAGAAGUUCCAGGAGCUGAUGAAGCAGGUGACGGACCUGAAGAUCGACACAGAAGAAAGGCUGAAGGGAGUUAUUGACCUCAUCUUUGAGAAGGCCAUCUCAGAGCCCAACUUCUCUGUGGCCUACGCCAACAUGUGCCGCUGCCUUAUGACCUUAAAAGUACCCACCUCAGAGUCCGGAAACUUUGUGAACUUCCGCAAGCUGUUGCUCAACCGAUGCCAGAAAGAGUUUGAGAAGGACCAGGAUGAUGAUGCGUUCUUUGAGAAAAAGCAGAAAGAGUUGGAGGCUGCUAAAGAUGAGGAGCGUGAGCGAUUGAGGGUGGAGUUUGAAGAAACCAGAGACAAAGCUCGAAGGCGGUCGCUGGGGAACAUAAAGUUUAUUGGUGAACUCUUUAAGCUGAAAAUGCUGACCGAGCCCAUCAUGCACGACUGCGUGGUGAAACUACUGAAGAACCACGACGAGGAAUCCCUCGAGUGUCUCUGCAGACUUCUCUCCACUAUCGGCAAGGACCUGGACUUUGAGAAGGCGAAGCCUCGUAUGGAUCAGUAUUUCAACCAGAUGGACAAAAUCAUCAAGGAGAGAAAGACGUCGUCCAGAAUCCGCUUCAUGCUGCAAGAUGUUCUGGACCUCAGAAAGAGCAACUGGGUGCCUCGAAGAGGAGAUCAGGGCCCUAAAACGAUCGACCAGAUCCACAAAGAGGCAGAACUGGAGGAGCACAGGGAACAGAUCAAAGUCCAGCAACAGCUCCUGUCAAAGAAAGACGGUGGUGGUGGUGGAGGAGGAGGAGGUGGUGGUGGAGGAGGCAGGAUGGGAGGUAACGUGGGAGGCCGAGGCCCCCACACACCAGGAGGAAGCCGGGUCAGCCAGCCCCAGGACGAGGGCUGGAACACGGUGCCCAUUUCCAAGAAUCGACCCAUCGACACCACCCGCAUUAGCAAGAUCACAAAGCCCGGUGCUGUCGACUUCAGUAAUCAGCUGCUGGCUCCUGGUGGAAAAGGCAUGUGGGGGAGCUGGGGGAAAGGCAGCAGUGGAGGAACUGGGGCUAAACAAGCAAGUGUAGAUCAAGACUCUGGGCGUCCAGCCACCAGCACCCUCAACCGCUUCUCGGCCCUGCAGCAGGGAUCCAUGUCGUCAUCAGCYGACACUGAUCGCAGAGUUCCUCAGAGGUCGAGCUCCAGUCGCGAGCGGGGAGCUGACCGAGACCGCAGCGACCACGACCGAGAUCGCUUUGACCGAUUCACUCGCAGCGACAGACGCGACGGGAACCAAAUCACCAAGAGGAGCUUCAGCAGGGAGUCGCAGGAGCGUGGCGGCGAGGGCCGAGCCGCCAACGAGUCCGUGCGCCGCGUCGCCAGCAUGACCGACAGUCGAGACCGAGGCAGCAGAGACCGAGGGAGUCGAGACAGGGGCAGCAGAGACCGAGGGAGUCGAGACCGAGGAAACAGAGAACAAGGAAGUCGAGACCGAGGAAACAGAGAACAAGGAAGUCGAGACCGAGGAAACAGGGAACAAGGAAGUAGAGACCGAGGAAACAGGGAACAAGGAAGUCGAGACAGAGGAAGCCAGGACACCGGUCCAAGCAAAGACGUCCCAGUUAAGCGUGAAAGUGUUCCCACUCCUCCUGGUCUUCCUAAACCAGCCAUGACUGAGGAGGAGGUUGAGAAGAAGUCGACCGCCAUCAUUGAAGAAUUCCUGCACAUCAAUGAUGUGAAGGAGGCCUUGCAGUGUGUGGCAGAGCUCAAUAGUGCCUCACUACUUUAUAUAUUUGUGCGCACCGGUGUCGAGUCGACACUCGAACGCAGCACUAUCGCGAGGGAGCACAUGGGCCUUUUGCUGCACCAGCUUAUAAAGGCGGGGACGUUACCCAUACAGCAGUACUACAAAGGGCUACAAGAGAUCCUGGAGUCAGCAGAGGACAUGGCCAUAGAUAUACCUCACAUCUGGCUCUACCUGGCUGAGCUGCUGACCCCCAUUCUCCAUGAAGGAGGCAUCCCUAUGGGACAGCUCUUCAGGGAGAUCUCGAAGCCUCUCGUGCCUCUGGGGAAGGCCGGCGUGCUGCUGGCACAGAUCCUCAAGCUGCUCUGCAAAGGAAUGACUCAAAAGAAGGCUGGGACGUUGUGGAGAGAAGCUGGGCUAAAUUGGAACGAUUUCUUGCCAGAAGAUGAAGAYGUGAACAAAUUUGUCACUGAUCAGAAAGUCGAGUUCACCACAGAGGAGAUGGAGUCGAAAGACACCGGCAAGAAAAAGGUCCUGAGCGGAGAGGAGCUCAGCAAAGAGCUGGACAGACUGCUGGAGGACAAAGCCAACAACCAGCGCAUCAGAGACUGGACCGAGGCUAAUUUGGAUGAGCAGCAGACUGCUUCCAACCAGUUUGUACGAGCACUGAUGACCUCAGUGUGCCAGUCUGCCAUCAUAUGCGACAACCCUUACAAGGUGGAUGUGGCGCAGAUCAACCAGAGGGCCAGCCUGCUGCAGAGAUACCUGUGUGACGAGGAGAAGGAGCUGCAGGCCCUUUAUGCCCUCCAGGCUCUCAUGGUGCGCAUGGAGCAACCUGCAAACCUUCUGCGGAUGUUCUUCGACGCCCUGUACGACGAGGACGUAAUCAAAGAGGAGGCCUUCUACAAAUGGGAGUCCAGCAAAGAUCCCGCAGAGCAAACGGGGAAAGGUGUGGCCUUGAAGUCAGUCACCGCCUUCUUCACCUGGCUCCGCGAGGCCGAGGAGGAGUCCGACAAGGACUAAGAGGCGGUGGAGUCCRAUCUGCCACCUCCCCUUUUGUCUAGACAGGGAACCUGCGAAGAGUCAUGAACGUUAUAUGAAGCCAGAGUGGCAGACUCUAAUCAAUCCUCAAUGAGGAUAAAUCUUUAUUUUUGUUUUAUUUUUUAUUUCUCUGGGGGGGUGAACUCAAAAAACAAACAAACAAAAAAAGAAACAUCACUCUCCUCCUCCUCCUCCUGCUUUACACAGCAAGUGUCCUCAUCAGAUAAACUUGAAAAUGAUUCAGCAGGACUGCUUCUUAACGAGGUGUGAAAUCUCCCACAUCACUACGACUUUUUGUCACAGUAAAACACAAACCAACUGGCUGCUCUCUCAUUGCUCUAUGCCUAUGAUCCUCUCGGACCUGCAGGAAGAACCAGCAGGGGGGCGGUGUGCCGUGCGGUGGGUUCUGUGAUUCAUUGAGGGACGGGUCGUUCACCAGUUCAAUCCAAACACAGGUCCUUUACUGGAAUGUGCAGCAUGACUGAAGUGUGUUGCUAUGAAAGAUACAUGAACUAAUCUUAAUUUGACAGAUGGAGUUUUUAAAGCGAAGGUUGUCUAUUUUCCUUUUUCUGUUUCCUGUUUUGAGCUUACAGUGGACUGUGGACUCGGCACUACUGGGAGGUGGUCUUAAUGCUUCCUCUAAGCCAUCCUCUCCCGCCCCCCCAGUAGCGAGCUACACUGACUGACUCUUCCUCUUUACCUCUUCUAAACCUGACUCUUAAUGACCCAAUCACAGUUUAAACUUGAAAUCUGCAGAAAAAAAAWUUAACUUGAUAAAAUAUAUAUAGAGUGGAAAAGAAAGAUUAAAAAAAUAAAAAGCAGAAGUGAUCCGAAAGCCUUUUCUACAUUAAGUGAAAACUCAUUUCAGGACCUUUCUGUAAAUAUAUAAUAACGAUGAUAUACUUUUUUUUUUCUUUUUCUGUUUUAUUUUUCAGAAAUGGUGAUUUUCUGAUAUAAUUGCAGUGUCUCCUUUUCCAACAGAGAACAGUUGUCCAGAUGCAGAGAGGUGCUUUAGAUAAUCUGUUGAUUAUUAGUUUUAUUUGAAUUUUGUAAAUAUGUUUUCUGCUUUCUUUAUUUAAGAAAUGAUUGCUUCUUUUGCAUCAGAAACUGGAAAGAGGAGGUGACAGAACAUUACAAAUAAAGGAGUUAUUGAGUUGCUGAG